GUCGACUGCGCAUGUCCGUGAUGUCACAGUUACCGAUCUCAUUAGAGAGGCGAACACACGAAAGUCACCAUGAUAAUAUGAGCGUAGCUCACUAUUUUGCUUUCUCUCUUGCUAUUUUAAUUUUAGGAGGAUGGUGUUUUGUUUGGUUAAUGCACAUUUUAGCGUUAAUCUAUGGAAAAUAUCGUCUUCACCAUCCUAUUCCGCCUCCCUCCCCGGAAGACCUCCAGGGCGUUUCCGUCAUUAAACCCCUGGUUGGGGUAGACCCAAACCUGUAUUUCAAUUUAGAGUCUUUCUUCACCACUGUCUAUCCGUCUUUUGAACUUCUCUUCUGUUUACAAGAUGAAAGCGACCCUGCUCUUAUGGUUGUUAAAGCUUUGAUGGAAAAGUACCCAAAAGUAGAUGCUAAAAUUUUUAUAGGUGUUAAACAUGUUGGCCCAAAUGGGAAAGUCAAUAAUAUGUGCAAGGCGUAUGAGGCAGCCAAAAACGAUUUAAUAGUCGUAUCUGAUAGUAGCAUUUUAAUGAAUCCAGAUACAUUAAUGGACAUGAUGUCUUUUAUGAAACCUGAUGUAGGAUUAGUUUUACAGAUGCCAUACUGUUGUACACGCAAAGGUUUUGCUGCUGUGUAUGAAAAAGUUUACUUUGGAACCUUUCAGUCUAGGAACUGUCUUAGUGCUAAUUCUGUAGGAGUUAAUUGUUCAACCGGCAUGUCAUGCCUUUUCCGAAAAGACGUUUUAGAAAAAUCUGGAGGUCUUGCUCCCCUGGGCAAAUAUUUAGCUGAAGACUAUUUCAUAUCAGAAAAUAUUAGAAAAGAGGGGUUCAGAACAGUAUUAUGUAGUCAACCUGCACAACAAAACUCUGGACAGUACAACAUAACCCAUUUUCAUCAAAGACUCAUCAGGUGGUCCCAGCUGCGUAUUUCUCUGUUACCUCAUCUCAUUCUGUUUGAGCCGCUGUCAGAGUGUAUGUUGAUGGGCGUGGUAGCCUCGUGGGCAGCAGAGUACAUUUUUGGCAUCAGUUCCAUGGGUUUCUUCCUCAUGCACGUUUUAGUCUGGUUCUUAUUCGACUACACUCUCCUAACAUGUGUUGAGAAUGGACCACUUCCCUUUUCCAAAUUUGAAUUUUUGGUUGCCUGGAUUCUUCGGGAAGUGUUAGCCAUAUGGUUGACCAUUCAAAGCCAUAAGACUUCAAUAGUGCAUUGGCGACACAAGAAAUACAGAGUGUUAUGGGGAGGAACCAUUGAAGAAUGUGUGUGAUUCUAUAUCUAUCAAACAGAGACAAAAAAACACCUGAGUUUGAGGCCAACAGUGUAUCUUCAUUCUGUUCAGAACUCUUAUGAUUGGCUGGAUCUUACGUUUGUGAAUUCUUGCCGCAGAAUUGGAAAUGAGUUGUGCAAAAUUCCAAGAAAUCUCAACAUUUCCUCUUGUAUGUUCACCAAUCAUGGAAAUAUUUAAAGAAAAUAUUCAUGAUGAAAUUUGCACAAAUCUGAAUUUUUUUAUCUUCAUUGUUUUUGUAAAACAAAAAUUUUAAAGUUUAGAUUUAUAGGAAUUUAUUUCCACAUAAUGUAAUCUGGUCAUGAUUAUUUCAACUUUGGGUAUGAAAAUUCAAAGGGGGGGGGGAAUGAAUAAUGAAAUAACAUUGAUAAGUAACCCUACUUUCCUGUCUGACUGGGACUUUUUCAGAGGACGAAGUCCUAUAUGACGACAGAUUUUUUCAUCUAUCUGAAGAUCUGAAUACUCAUUUAUUUUUUUAAGCACUCAUAUUGUUGCACUGAUAGCUACUUGUGUUGAACCUUUUUUUUCCUGUUAAAAGAGGACUCUGCAAGUAGAGUUUUUGCCAUUGCAUUUGAUGAUAUUGAGUUCACAUUUGCCAAAAUAGUAAUUUUUCCCAGGUUUCUUUUUAUUUGGUGGUCAGUCAUUUGCUUACAAUGUGCUGUCAAAUGAGAACGUGCUUGGUGAAUUCAGUGCCUGCAUUUUAGUGCUUGUCCUCUGGAAAUAUACUGCAUGUGUUGGACAUAGUUGAAAAAAAAGUUGUUUCCGAUUGUUAUUUUUUUUCCGUGUAUGUGUUCUUCCUGUGUCGCAGGAUAUAGCGAGAGUCAUUAUGAUGCCAAUGAAAUUGACAAUGAUCAAAUCUCUGUACAAUUACUUGCAUGCAAAAAAUGAAAAAAUUUACGCAAAAGAAUAUACUUGUUAACAUGCUAAAAUAACUACAAAAUACUAUAUACUUGACGAAAUAAGUGUUUUUCAUAAGUUAUGCAUUCAUUAGUAGUGCAUUCUGCUCACUACUUUGGCUGGUCUUUAAUAGAAUCAGAAUUGGUAUCAAAGUAUGAUUAAUUAGCAUUUAAAUAGAUGAUUUAUUAAUUUAAAGACAUAAAUCAAUUUAAUUUUUAUAUAAUCGGGCAUGUAUGUAUAACUCGGUUACCUGAUCAAGCUUAAUUGAAUAUGGCUGAGGAGUUGAAGGUAUGGUUAAGAGAUAGGAGUUCACCUUUGUCAUGCUGCACAGGGCAGUUACAAUACUGAUUUAUUAUCUAUAGAUCUGGUUUAGACUAGCCUCAUGCAGUUUUAUCUGUCUGGCUUUAUUAAAAUUCAGUACAUGCAAACUGGCACAUAUUAAUUUACAAAACAAAACAAAAACAUCUUUAAAUUUGUUAAUUAUAUAUACAUACCUUUAUCAUUCAGAAGUAUAUUCUUUGACAGAUGUGGAAUCUGUUAUUUCGCUGAUUUAUUCCUGAUUUUCUUUUCUCCUGUGAGAGAUGUUGAUUGUCCUGUGAGGGAUGACUCUGUGUGUUUGAUUAUCCUGGUCCACCCAUAGACCGUGGGUAAAAUGAUUAUCUCUUACAUGUGUGUUAUUGUAAUUAAUUUUGUUAUUCAUGUCAUUUUUAUACCAAGAAUAAAGAUGAAAUUUUUUUAUACUGAAAA